ACGAAUUCAAAACAUUUGGCGCCACUUUUUCCUAGAGCUUCGCGCGCGAGUGAGCAUAUCUUGGGUUGUUGCGGUGGGGCGGCUAGCUGUAAGAUGGCAGAGUGUAUGGAAGAGUUCGACGAGGCCACGCCGCUGAGGGAGAGCUAUUGCUCUCGCCUCACCCAUCAUGAGUACGAGGAACAGGCGGAUAGGUGGGCUCCAAUUAGAAUACACGCAUCUCUUGAGGUUGUUCAUUUAUGGCUCAGCUGUACAGAGCAGGCACUGCGGGAGCUAAUGGAGCAGCUGGAUACACAGCCUGAGCUCUAUAGGUCCGUGCUACGGAAACGCAGGAGAGAACAAAAGGAGGAAGCGGGCUUGAUGUCUUACCUAAAGGUGAAGUUUUGGUCAAUGGUUGGUUCAGAGGAUGCCUCUUGCUCUGUUUCUGACCUGGAGUGCCAGGAGGAGGCUUCUAAACUCAAGUCUAACAUUAUGAAGGCCCACUCCUACUCUCAGGAGAGCAAGGGUAGGAGGUACUCCCAGAGACUGGCAGAGAAGAGGAGGUCUGUCUCAUCCACUCCUGCCAGGAGAGGCAAGAUGAGAACCAAGAUUGUCCCCCCUCCCCCCUCCUCCCCCACCACCUCCAAUUCCUGUCAGUACUGCAACCACAUCUAUCCCUGUCCCUUUUAAGAGAAGGCCUCUCCGUGAUAGAAACACUGCCAUCGAUAAACGGCAGAGCAAGUGCCAAGCUAGAGGCAGUCUGGACUGUGUUCUCGGCCAGUUGAAAAGCUCCGAAUGUCGCAGAAGACUGAGGUCCACUGUGGCAAAGUCUCCAGGUGGUACUCCGCUGGAUGGCUGGGGAUCACGCAAGCAUGCCACCCCAGAUGGGGUACGGCAGUUCAAUCAGCUGCUGGUUGAUAAAUUCCGGAAUGUCAAGACCCCACCUAGUCCAUACCGGAGUCAGCUCGCUAGUCCUGGAACAUUUGACAGUCCACUAUGAGAAAAUCAUCCCUCUCCACUCUCCUGUUGCAUAUACAUCAUUGCUGUUUUUCCGUUUUACGACAUUCCGUUCGGAAGUUUACCGGAUGUGUUGUGGUUGCAUAUGGAUGUAUCGUUUCCUGUUUUUGUGAUUACUUGUGCGUCAUAUGCAUGCAUGGCGACUGUUACGUGGCGGGGGAUAGCCUAGCGGGGGACCAGCGCAGUGUGGGGCUUUAUGGACUCUGGACCUUUGCUUGUUUGAUGAGGAGCGGUGUGUCGGUAGCUCUUGGGGUCUCGCCGCUGCUCCGUGGAAGAGACGCUGGUACCGUAGCCGUUACUGCAGCGUGAAGGUCCUCGAAACACCACGUGUAUGCUGGCACAACAGCGGAAGACAGGACUGGGGGAGUGAGGCAUGUUGAUCAAGGAAUACCGCAUCCCUCUGCCUCUAACGCUGAAGGAGUACAGCAUUGCCCAGCUGUACAUGAUCCAGAAGAAGAGUAGGGAGGAGAGUGAAGGUCAUGACAGUGCAGUUGAAAUCCUCGAGAACAGACCAUACACCGACGGACCCCAUGGCCGCGGACAGUACACUUACAAGAUCUUCCACAUCGGUAGGUCCUGUGUCUCUGGGUCAUUUUGUUCUCACUCUCUCGAAAGAACUCUUUUACUUGCAUGCAAUGCA